AGCCAACUGCCGCGAGAGGAAGCCCCGGAGUGUCUGCGCCCAGGCCCAGGGUGGAUUCAGCCCGAAAAGGGGGCGUGCAAGGCUGCGUGGCUCGCCGGUCCGUUCGCCACCAUGAACGUGGUGUUCGCCGUGAAGCAGUACGUUUCCAAAAUGAUCGAGGACAGCGGCCCGGGCAUGAAAGUGCUUCUGAUGGAUAAGGAGACGACUGGUAUCGUGAGCAUGGUGUACACACAGUCCGAGAUCUUGCAGAAGGAAGUGUACCUUUUUGAACGCAUUGAUUCUCCAAGUCGAGAGAUCAUGAAGCACCUGAAAGCAAUUUGUUUUCUUCGCCCUACGAAGGAAAACAUAAAUUAUUUGAUUCAGGAACUUCGAAGACCCAAAUACAGUAUAUACUUUAUUUAUUUCAGUAAUGUGAUCAGCAAGAGUGAUGUGAAGUCUUUAGCUGAAGCUGAUGAACAGGAAGUUGUGGCUGAGGUCCAGGAAUUUUACGGUGAUUAUAUUGCUGUGAAUCCACAUUUGUUUUCCCUUAAUAUUCUGGGUUGCUGCCAGGGUCGAAAUUGGAAUCCAGCUCAGCUCUCCAGAACAACUCAAGGCCUAACAGCUCUCCUCUUAUCUCUAAAGAAAUGUCCUAUGAUUCGUUAUCAGCUGUCAUCAGAAGCAGCCAAGAGACUUGCAGAGUGUGUCAAGCAAGUGAUAACUAAGGAAUAUGAACUAUUUGAAUUCCGUCGCACUGAAGUUCCUCCAUUGCUUCUUAUAUUAGACCGCUCUGAUGAUGCCAUCACUCCAUUGCUAAACCAGUGGACCUAUCAGGCCAUGGUUCAUGAACUUCUGGGCAUAAACAACAAUCGGAUCGAUCUCUCCAGAGUGCCAGGGAUCAGUAAAGACUUACGAGAAGUGGUUCUGUCAGCUGAAAAUGAUGAAUUCUAUGCUAAUAAUAUGUACCUGAACUUUGCAGAGAUUGGUAGCAAUAUAAAGAAUCUCAUGGAGGAUUUUCAAAAGAAGAAACCAAAAGAACAACAAAAACUUGAGUCAAUAGCAGAUAUGAAGGCCUUCGUUGAGAAUUACCCACAGUUCAAGAAGAUGUCUGGGACUGUAUCAAAGCAUGUGACUGUUGUUGGAGAGCUGUCUCGGCUGGUCAGUGAGCGGAGUCUGCUGGAGGUAUCAGAGGUUGAGCAGGAACUGGCCUGUCAAAAUGAUCAUUCUACUGCUCUCCAGAAUAUAAAGAGGGUCUUGCUGAACCCCAAAGUGACCGAGUUUGAUGCUGUACGUCUAGUGAUGCUUUAUGCUCUCCAUUAUGAGCGGCACAGUAACAACAGCCUGCCAGGACUGAUGACAGAUCUCAGGAACAGAGGUGUUUCCGACAAGUACCGAAAGCUCGUGUCUGCAGUUGUUGAAUAUGGUGGCAAAAGGGUCAGAGGAAGUGACCUCUUCAGCCCCAAAGAUGCCAUGUCGAUUACCAAACAAUUCCUCAAAGGACUAAAGGGAGUAGAAAAUGUAUAUACCCAGCACCAGCCUUUCCUACAUGAGACUCUGGACCAGCUCAUCAAAGGGAAGCUGAAGGAGAACCUGUAUCCCUACCUGGGCCCCAGUACACUCAGAGACAGACCCCAAGAUAUUCUUGUAUUUGUAAUUGGAGGAGCCACAUAUGAAGAGGCCCUGACAGUCUAUAACCUGAACCGCACCACCCCUGGGGUGAGGAUUGUGCUAGGAGGAACCACGGUACACAACACAAAAAGACUGGAAAUCUUGGAUUCUGGCCUCUUCCAUGGCUCCUGGUAAAAUUGCUGAAGUUUCCUAGAGGAGGUUCUGGCUUCCGGACUGCACAGCCACGGCAUGGAGAGCACCCCAGUUAUCCCGAAGUCAGCCAGCCGCAGAUGAAGGUGCUGGAACAGCAAAUGGGGUGCAGGGAUCCCCUGCAACCUACAGGCUCUCCCUAUCGACCAGGUGUGUAAGAAGAGCUGCGGGUUCUGCAAACCCGACUCCAUCUCCAGGCAGCUGGGUCCUGGCCUGGCUGCACAGACACAAAGUCGAACAGAGCUGAAGAUGGGUCUGGGCCUGACCCAAUCCACUCUCUUCAACAAUCUCUGUCACUGAGUAAAUGCAUGCCUGGUGCAUUCAGUGUACAGCCUCACCAGUACACCGAAUGAUGAAUUCUGUUAGGAUCUGGCUUGAGAAAAUAAUAAAGUGUUUUCAGAGUCUAGGGAAGUCUGAGAAAGCAGUCAUUUGGAGUACUGACUAAAGCUUCUCUCGAUCCCUUUCUCUCUUCCUCACCACAUUCCUGUACAUCUCAUUUUUGAAUACUUGUUGUGUUUCUUCAGAGAGCCACUAAAAUGCUGCUUGUCACUCCAGUGUCAUUUUCCGUGGCCUCAAGGAGCCAUAUAUGAUGACAAUAAACAUUUUGUGAAAAGA